AUGGCAAGAGGGCAAGGCUCCGCGAGCACGUUGCAACAUAUCCUUCAAGAUUUUGAUCACAGAUUUGUGGUCCCAGAAGAGCAAAGCUUAGCUUACCGGUCUCGGAAAAUACUAGACGCGCUCGAGAGCCUAGCCGGAAAUGACGAUAUGAAGGUCGCGAAUGAUCGCAAAAAUUCAAGCCUCAGCGACGUCCUGAAAGGGUUCAAGAUCUGGUCGGAUAGUGUCGGCGCAUUGUAUGAUGCGGACGAUCCGAAGUCUUUGGAAUAUCAGGUAAAGUCAACACUUAAGCUGCGCCUCCGCCUUUUUGGUCUGUUGGGAGAUUUAAGAGACGAUUUGCAAGACUUCCAAUUGCUUUCCCGGGACGAGGCACCUGUAGUGGUCGACGAGAGUCCAGAUCUCGAUGCGUCACUCCACGAUGUCUUGCAAGUCAACUUAAUCAACGGUCUCAGGGAAACUAUGCGAUGGCUAUUCAAAACGUCAGAUCUCGCAAUUGAACAAAAUAACUGCGAUGGAUAUGAUUUCAAAGUAGCAGAGAUCGAGCAAGACGAAGUCAGCGAUGAUCUUGAUCAUAUUUUUGAUCUGUUUCCUCGACUUCGUCAGACCUCUUUCGAGUGGCUGAGAUUGAGACUAGCGAAAGCAAGCAAGCAGCGCCUUAAAUGGCUUCGUUGCUGCAUUGCACUCGCAGACGAUACCGGACUUCAUGCUGCUCCUUCCGAAAUUUCAAUCUCUCCGGCCAAAACGCGUGCCGAUCCCAUCGAGCGACACGGCACCAGGAGAGCCGUGCACGAUAAGGUAGUAGCGGCUGAUAUGAGCCUUACCGAUCUGGCAUUAUCAGCAGCUACUCUAAUGCCACAGGCGCUUCGAGUGAGCGAUCUAAGGGAUGUGAGCAAUGGCGAGGCUAUAUUUACUUGCCCCUGCUGUUGCAAGGCUGUGUCUUUCACCUCGCAGUCAGAGUGGGUUAGCCACGUCUUCAGUGACCUUAAAGCUUACGUUUGUCUCGAGGAACAUUGUGGCGUACAGCUCUUUGAGACAAGUGAUGCAUGGUUGGAUCACUAUCUCUCGAAUCAUUUCAAAACUUGGCUUUGUCUUUACUGCCACGACGAAAUGAGCUUUGACCACUUAGAUGAAUUCGAAGGUCAUUUGCACAAAGAGCAUGCUUGGAAAUUCAAUAGCGAGCAAAUCAACCAAAUCUGCAAGAUCAGUGAACAGGAACCGGCAGAGAUAUCGGCAUCGGCAUGUCAUAUUUGCGAAUGGAAACCUGAAGUCCAACGACAAAGACCCAAUCGGGACCUCAAUAGUCCGUUGAGGGAUAUGGUUUCGCUUGAAGAUCUCAAGAAACAUGUUGGCUCACAUAUGGAGCAAAUGGCGCUGACAAUUCUUGUGCCAAAUUGCCGCACCCAACAUAAUCCUUUGGAAGAAAAGCAAGUGAUUCUCAAGCAGGAAGUCCCUUCGACGGUGGUGUGUUCAACGGAUUAUGGUUCAACAGAUCUAAAAAACGAAAUCGAUAGAGAGAAGGGGACUUGGCUAAGUGAGGGACAAGCGACAUUAGGAGAACACGAUUCAAUUAUCAAAGCUGAAGAGCCCGAGUCCGACAAAGCGAGUUCUCGCGAGCUUGCUUGGGUCAAUGAGACUUUAAAAUGGCGCAAACGUAAUACACAGAUCAAAGAUGUGUAUAGGUGCGGCGUAGGGUCAUGUGAGAGGUCGUAUGAACGCCGACUGGACCGUAACAGGCAUCGUCGCGCCCAUUUCUUAGACAAUCAGCGUCCAUAUCCCUGCUCAAAAUGCGAACGCGGCUUCCUGGAUAGCGAGGAUCUUCGCCGUCAUCUCCGUGGCCUCCACCAUCUCGACGAUACGACUGCUCAACAACUCGUUUUGGAGGCUCGACCGCGCGUACUUCCGCCGUCAGAUUUUGACCAGCUUCAUGCUAUUGCACUCGAAACGAAUGGCCUAGCGGCAUCGGCUCAGGGCCAAAGAAUCCUCGAAGACCCUGGCGACGGCGACACCCCUCGUCUCAUUCCCAACGAAAUGGACGCCGAGGCCCAAGUUUUGGAGCAAGGUGUGACCUAUGUCUAG